GGUAAUCAGGGGACUGAUAACAACGACGGACCAGGAAGCGACGUUUUCGAAAUAGCAAGAAAUGCAAAAGGUUUAUAAACGUUUAAAUGCAGUGAGAACUCUAGAAUUGUGUUCAACCAAUAUUUAUCAGAUAAGGCAAGAAAGAGGGACCUUCCGUCUGCGCUAACAUCGCUAGUAAGUUAGACCAUAGAGGUGUAGUCAUUGUGCUACCAGCCAUGUGGGGGGAGAUCGACCCUGCUCCCGAUCCCAGUCCGCCUGGCAGCGUUGAACCAGUGGCCUUCAGACAGCCCGAACCCCGGCGACCACAGCCCGAACCCCGGCGACCACAGCCCGAGCCCAGGGGAACCGGACCAGCUUCUAGCUGCUCUGCAACCGCCCACACCGAAGAGGACGAGCCGCAGGACGAGUCGCAGGACAACCAGGCGGAUACCAGCGGUGUGUGUGCCAUGGUGGAGGUGGUGGCUGUGAGUGGUGUCCAGGUGAAGAGCCAGCAGGUAGAUGAGGCAGAGCUGACCUUAGCCCAGCGGAGAGAGGAGCUGCUGGGACAGUACCGGAUCAGGCCCCUGGUGUUUCUGGAGCGAUACCAGGCCCACCUGAAGCCACAGCACCUGUCAGCGUUCUGCCAUCUGACUUCUGACCCCCGGGCGCAGUACUACUGCCGGGAGGUGAGGCGGAGAGCAGCGGGACGCGCCAACAGGACCCGGGUACGCAACCAACGCUACGCUGCCCUCAGGGAGCUGCAGAGGGAGGGCCAGUACUUCAGUGAGGACCAGAUGAGAACCCGGGAGCCCCUACUGUAUGAGCAAUACAUCGGCCAAUACCUGACUGAGGAGGAGCUGCUACAUCGCUCCCUGGAGGCCAUGCAGGGAGGUGCAGUGGAGGAGCGGGGGCCGGGGGGAGCAGAGGGGGGACUGGCCGACCUCCUCCUCAGCUCCUACCAGGAGAGACUGAUCCAGAGCCGGCUGCAGGAGGAGCAGGACAGGGAGGAGAACGCACUGGAGGAGGAGGAGGAGGGGGAGGGUGGAGGGUUGGGGGCAGAAGGCUAUGAGCCAACUCCCCAGGAGAAAGCUCUGCUCAGGGACGAGUUCAUCACUCAGAUGUACCAACGCUUCCUGGACGGACACGACAAGGACUUUAACUACAGUGAAGUGGAUGGGAACCCCGACUACGACAACCUGGACAUCGUCAACAGAGAUGCAGAGGAGAAGUACUUCGAUGAGGAUGAUGAAGAGGAGGAGGAGGAGGAGGAGGAAGAGGAGGACAUGACUAUAGUUAUGUCAUGACAGCAGCUGUCAUUGGACUGUAAAUAUGAUAACUUCUGUAAUAACUAAACUAUGUCACGUUUCUGCUCUUUGUUUUCAUCACAUUCAUUUAAUAUUCAGUUUGUAUGGAUAGCAAUAAAUCAUGUUUACGUA